GGUCCGCUGAUAUCCACACAUACAAUGACUCGUCAAGCACUCGGUUGGAUGGCCCUGGUGGCUGUCGUCCUCGCUGCUGCUGCUGCUGCUGCGACGGCAAACGCACUGCCGACACCAAACGCCGCGCAACUCCAAGCCACCGUCUACAUCAAGAACGGCCAGGCAUCCCUCUCGAUGGGCGUCCUGGACCCUUCUGGCGCUGCAUACGGCACCUUUGAAGACGGCCUGAUGACGACCGGCUGGGGCGUCUUUGAAGUCAAGACCAACUCGGCCUUCAAGGACGCCGAGCAGCUCUACGCCGCCGGUUUCCUCGAGGGAGCGCUCACGUACAACCGCAUCUACGACCACUACCAAAACAUGUUCACCUACUUUUUCCCGAACGCCUCCGACCCGUCCGUCCAGCUGUACCGCAACUGGUUCAACCAGCAGGAUGCUUGGACCCGCCGCAACGUCCAGCUCAACCCCCAGGUCUCGUUCUGGGUCCAGACCGGCUCCAUCCUCGCCCAGUUUGAUGGUCUUGUUGCUGGUUACAACGCUGUCGCUGCCUCGUCGCGCAAGCUCGACGUCUUUGCCUUCCAAGUCCUCAACGGCAACGGCGACAUUCUCGACCUCAUGAACGUGCUCCAGCCCUCCACUCGUCCCAGCUGGAACGAUAUGACUCCCCAGCAGGCUCAGCUUGAGGCUUCUCGUCGCGGUCACUGCUCUGGCUUUAUCAAGAUGCUGCCCGGCUUUGAGGACAUUUUGAUCUCGCACUCGUCGUGGUUUACCUUCACUGCCACCAACCGCAUCUACAAGCACUACAACUUCCAACUCAACGAUCAGGCGACUGCUGCCAAGCGCACCUCGUUCUCGAGCUACCCCGCAUACCUCUCGUCGCUCGACGACUUUUACAUCAUGGACUCGGGUCUCGUCAUGAUCCAAACCACCAACAACGUCUUCAACAUGUCGCUGUACGAUCUCGUUCGCCCCGAGUCGCUCCUUGCUUGGCAGCGCGUGCGCCUUGCCAACACCAUGGCCCACGAUGGUCGCGAAUGGAGCCACAUUGUUGCCCAGUUCAACUCUGGUACCUACAACAACCAGUACAUGGUCGUCACUCUCGACCAGAUCAAGCUCGGCCAGGCCGUCCUCGACGGUGCGCUGUGGGUGGUUGAGCAAAUCCCCGGCUAUGUCGAGUCUGCCGACGUUACUCCCAUCCUUCGCGCUGGCUAUUUCUCGAGCUUCAACGUGCCCUUCUUUGAGCGCGUGUUCGACAUGUCCGGAUACCCCGCGAUGGUCGCCAAGUACGGCGUCUCCUUCACCCACGACCUCGCUCCCCGCGCAGAGAUUUUCCGCCGCGACAGCAACACUGUCGUCGACUUUAGCAGCCUCAAGCAGCUGAUGCGCUCCAACAGCUACAAGACCGAUCCUUACUCGGGUGGCUCGCCCGCCAACGCCGUCUGCUCGCGCUACGAUCUGAUUGCCAACGGCGGUUCUCCCGACGGUUGCUACGACACCAAGGCGACCAACUACGCUCGUGCCCGCCUUCUCCAGGCUGAUGCCCUCAACGGCCCCACCACUGCCAACUCGACCCUCCCCGCCUACUCCUGGAGCGCCUUUGCCAACCUUCCCCACGUUGGCUUGCCAGAGACGUACAACUUUGACUUUAUCACCGUCCAGCCUGCACUUUGAGCAAGCCAUUGUGUGAUACUUGUUGAUGUUCUUUUCUUUUUUUUUUUUUCAUGUAAUCAGAAAGUUCAUUUUGUUUCACCUUUCAAGCUUCUUUCUUCGUUCCUUCA